AUGCUUGCUCGCAGUGCUCGAAGCACGGCUAUCGCUCUUCGUCGACAUGCUCGUUUAGCGUCCUCAACACCACCACCAGCGCAGCAACAGCAACCAGCGGAACCCGCCCCAGGACCCUCUACCACACAUCCGCGAGAAAAGUCAUGGCUCACCAAGAAAGUGGAGGCGUCGCCUGCACUCAAAAGGGUGUUUCUGAAAGCCGCAAACGUGAUGGGGUACGGUAGCCCUAAGCAAGUCGCGGGAAGACGCGCUUUCGCGAUGUACGAGCAACUGUGCAUCGUCAGGCCCGACGAGGACAGGGCGUUUUGGCAGGAAGAAUGUCACCUACCACCGACGUUCCAGUCCUGGUUCACCGUCGUGAAUCUCCACGUCUGGUUGCUCACUGUCCGCCUGCGCGCUCUACCGCCACCACACGGCAUGAACCACAUCCAAGCCCUUAUUGACCACUUCUUCCUCGACGUCGAAGACCGCGUGCGCGCGAUCCUCCAGCCCGCCACGCCCGACUCCGCCGCCACGCCCGCGUCCCGGCCGAAGGGGCGCGCGCCCGAGCGGCUCGUCGGGCAGCAGAUGAAAAUAUUCAAGGAGCAGUGGGCGGGCAUGGGCAUGUCCUUCGACGUCUCCCUCCUCCGUGGCGACGCGGACAUGGCCGCGGUAGCGUGGCGGAACAUCCUGGGCGGACGUGGGGCGCGCGGCAUCGUCUACCCGACCGACGGGCAGGACCCCUCGAAGCCGUACUUCCGGCGUUCCGUCAAUCUCAUCGGAGGGGAGGUGGAGAAGGUGAAGAAGCUUGACGAGCGGGGCUUGGAGGUGGAGGAGGCGCGGGAUGACGGGUCGGGUGUGCACGACUACGCGCCGAACGAGGCGGACAAGUACGUCGCGUAUCCGGAGCUCAUGGCAGCCCUCGUCGCGUACCUUCGCCGGGAGCUGGUCCGCCUACAGGAGAUCCCGGAUGAGGAGAUCAUCGGUCCUGGAGUCGCCGGGAAGGAGACAUCAAAAGUGUCUACGAAUACAAUCGAUUAA